AUGUCGCUGUUGCGGAAACUGAGGAUUAAGAGAUCUCACGAUAUGGGACAAUCGAAGCAAACCCCCUACGGCGCUGUACCGGUCGAGGAAAUUAACUCAAAUCCAAGGCCAUCAUCAGAAUUCCAAUAUUACACGACAAUCGAGCUCCCCGAGAUCGACGAGCAGAAGCCACAACCGCAGCCCCUCAGGCUCUCUCAGUUGGAUAGGAUUUCUCGUCUAAUAUGGGACUUGGUUCUUGCCAUUGUAGCCUCACUCUUCACCGUGUUCGGUAUAUGGGUUUCUUGUAUUGAUGGAAAACCCGCGGGCCCAGACUCCAUAGGGGCCAAAUUAUUUGAGGUCUCUCAAUAUGCGCCCACUGUAUUCCCGGUCCUUUUCGCUGCCAUUGCCGGUAGCAGCAUCAAAAGCAUUGCAUCAUGGCGCAUCCAGAGCACUGGAGGAGCGACAAUCGGGCUAGUAGAGCAAUGUCUCGGCAGCCAGACCAUCACAGGAGCCAUUCUUACUCAGAUUCGACUGCGUGCUGUGAACUUCGUCGCCGUCUUUACCGUCUUUCUGUGGUGCCUGUCUCCGUUGGGUAGUCAGGCAUCUCUCCGGGUAAUUUCCAUCGUCCCAAGUUACCCAGGUAACCCGGUCGAGUUGACCACUUUGAACACGUUCACCCCGUACCAGUAUGGCUAUGGCCAAGGGGUAACGGAAGCCAUUACAUCAGUCGCUAAUCCCAUGACUGCUUCCUUGUCUGCCGCCUCGCUACUUGCGGCUCGCAACCAAGAUCUCUGGGGCAACAUCCGAUUUCCUGUGAUCGAAAAUCUCGAGAACAACAAUACAGGUUGGAUCAAUGUACCCCAAAACGAUAACUUGACGUACGCGUCUCUUGUCGGUGUCCCGGUGAUUGGCUUACCCAGCUCCGGCAACACAUCAUUUACCCUCCCAGGCUCGUAUUUAUCCAUCUCCUGUCCUGUCCUCGACACUAUACACAGUCUGAACUUCACGAAUUUUACCGGACCAGACGCUCCAUCCCCCGGCAAUGGCGACGAUUGCAGCUGGACGAGCGCAUGGGGUGGGCACCAGUUCCAGCUUGCCAUCUCGGAGCCAUGUUCGAACUCACUCAAUGCAUCAAAGACGAGGACUCGGAAUGCCCGCAAACUGAUAUGGGAAUCGUGGGAUCGUGGUUAUGCAGGCCCUGCGGAGCAUAGAUCCCCCAUCACACGAGCCAUAUGCGACAUCAGCACGACCUAUGUCGAUUCUAACUUGACAUGCGAGAGGUUAGACGGGAGCCAGUCUACAAACACUUGCAACCUGUCCUCGGCUCGCCGUUCGGUGGAUGAAUCACAUUUCCACAAGAACUGGACUAUCUUCGAUGUCAAUCUGCUAGGAGAUCACAAGCUACCCAUACGAUAUAACAAAGGAUUCUUGUAUAUCCUCACUACCAUGUUUCCCUACGCCGAGCAGAACGGUGGUCUAGAGCCCCUAAUUGGAUAUUUUAUCGACCCUUAUCACGCCGUCGGAAACUUCUUUGGCGAGAAUCUCAUGUCGCCUGAAACCACGACACCGAAAGUCUUCGGAACGCGUCUAUCGCAGCUCUUCAAUUCCGUGCUCUAUCUCGGAAUCAGCCCCUCGGCAUUUACGGGAUCUGUCAACAUGACGGAAAUCACACGGAAUGCAAGCCCACUCAAGGAUACACCCGUCAAAUUCACAGCCAAAAAUACGCAUCUGCAAAAUAUUGUCAGAUGUAACCGCCCAUGGCUCGCCGUUCUCAUUAUUUCCUCGGUGGUUAUCUUCUGCUUUGCACUAGUGGGCGCCUAUCUCCACAUUGUAACAAUUGCUCCCGAUCUUCUAGGAUCGAUCUCCGUUGCACUAUUGCAAAAUAAGACCGAAGGAAUUGUCGGAUCCUCUACAUGGUCUUCAGAUGAAUGGUCAAAGAACAUGCGAGAUACGAAACUAUGGCUUGGAGAUGUUCAGCCUGAAGCUGACGUUGGGUGUCUUGCCUUGACCACUGUGGCACAAGAUGUUCCUCCUGGUUCGAUAAAGGGAAGACUGUAUCAUUGA